AUGGCCAAUAUGCGUUCUGCCCUCCCGUUAGUGUUGCUGGGAUUGGUGUCGCAGGCUGCUGCAGUCAUUAAAUUCGACAUUCCUCGGCCUGAUCCUUUUCUCGACCCGAAGAAUGAUCCGUAUAAUCCUCUCAAGUACAUCGUCUCGAAUACCUUGACAGGCAUCUCAGUGGCACUCGUUCUCGUCGUCGCUGUCUUACAAACAUGGUGUAUUAAACGAUGGGGUGCGAGGUGGAUGUCUGCUAUGACGAUUGGGGCGUACUGUUUUGCAAUAGGACUCGCAUUCCGUUUCGGUCUGGCGAUCCACCCUCAGUCAAAAGGGAUUUAUAUCGUUGAAUACCUCUUCGUCGUGUUAUCUCCUUGUGCUUUCAUUGCAGCAGAUUAUGUCCUCUUAGGACGAUUGGCAAGACACGUGCAGUCCGACCGACACCUCCUCGUCUCGCCUCACAAUAUCACACUCGUCUUUGUCUCGUCAGACAUAACGACCUUCCUCAUCCAAGCUAUCGGGGGCUCCAUAUCAGUCUCUGCCAACGACUACGAUAGAGCACUGGCAGGAUCCCGUGUUUUCCUUGCGGGCCUAGCAGCGCAACUUCUGUCUUUCUCGUCUUUUACCUGCAUUUUCAUCCGCUUCCUCCAUCGUGUGCGGAAAUAUGAGCCCAAGGCGUGGGCGAUGGACGAAGAUAAGAAGUGGUACAACUCGUGGAAGACGCUGGCUGUGGUGCUGUUCAUCAGUUGCAUGGGCAUCAUGGUCCGUUCAGUAUUCAGGGUGAUCGAGCUCUCGGAAGGCUUCCAGGGGCCUUUAACUACCUCUGAAGCUCUCUUUUACGCUCUGGACACCCUACCGUUAUUUGUCGCAAUCGUGGUGUAUGUGCCAUUCUGGCCAGGCCGAUUUAUUCGGCCCCAGGAGAAUCCUGUACAGAAUGACGCCGUGGUCGACUCGGAGAAGGGCUCGCAGGAUGAGAAAGCAACGGUGUAG